AAUACUUAAAUAAAACACAAAUGAAAGAAUUCAUAUGAUAAAUGUGCUUCGCAUUUUGUAGAAAUAGAAGUUUCCUUUUUUGUUUGGUCUUUCUACAAAGAAAUGGCCAGUUAUGUUUGCUUCAAGAAUCUAUCUUUCUUACAUACCAACUUCCGUUGUGUGAGUUCUUGCCUUCCUACUCUUGAUUACGCUGUUGCCAAACGUUACGAGCCAAACAGAUGUGAAAGUUUAAAGACGAAUUCAAGAUUUCAUUUUAUGAUUAAUAUUUAACAAGUUUAACAGAUAUAUUGUUUUGUUCUUUUCGUAGAAAAAAAUAUUUUAAUCUAGAAGCGCUGUUGAAAAUAAAGAAAUUAGGCAACUUUGUAAAUUUACAGCCUAUAAUACGCAUUAACAAAAUUAAAAUGAUGAAACAUUUAAAGAAAAAAUGUAUAAAUAAGAUUGCUAGAAUUAACAAACAGAUCGGAAGGUAUUAAUCCUUUUAUUGAAGUUUUAUCUUGGAAAUCAACGAGUUGACCUUUUUUAUUCUUUUUUUUCUCUUAUCACAUGAUAUCUCAACAAUUCCAGGAUUUGUUGAUAUGAUUAACUAUGAGUGGUUUCUACAUCGAAUAUCUCUUUUUUUAAGUCGUUUCACGUGAACAGGCUAUUAGAAAAGUAUGCGCGUUCCGGAAAGGGGAAGAAAGGAAUUCGCUAUAGGUUUCCAACUCAGAGCUGUAGCAAACCGGUUUGGUGCCCUGUAUAAACUAAACUUUUCAUAUAGUAUCGAAAUCUGUUUAUUGAAAGAAAAACAAACUGUCACGAGUAUUUGUAUAUCAAAUAACGUUGUUUUCCACCAUUUUUAAUAAAACUUUAAUAAGUAUUCAUUUAUUGUUACACUUCCAUUCUGAAAUAAUAUUUAUUAGAUGCAAUAAUAAGUUAGUUAAGUACAUAAAUGUAAUCGUUUAGAUAUGAUUGUUAUUAAUAGUAAAAUUGUUAAGAUAUAAUUGCAUAUAAAAAUAAGGGGUCCGGGUUGCUACGCCCUUAUCAUCGAUACAUUUCAUUCCCAUGACCGUGCAAUGGUGUAAUGCAACAAGAGAAGUUAAAAUACAGGCCAUACAAGCGGCAACGUUGCACAGGGCGGUGAACAGUAUGAGUGUAUACUACAGCUGCACUUUUACGUGUGUUGGCUCUAAGAAGAGAGAGAUCGAGUCUGUUCUCGGAAGUUCUCGUUUGUGCGAUACGUAGGCUGCGUCAUUUCAAGUUUUAUAGUGUGAAAAGUCCAUGUUACUCUGUCAUUCACGAAUCAUAACGGCAUUGCCAUCCGCUAGCAAGGCUGCUCUUUAGACUUCUCUAUCUCUCUCGUUCUUCUCCCUCCACCCCUUGUUCUCUAUUUCGUAUUGUUGCACUAAUGUAUAUUAUAAACGAUUAUCCGUUAAUAUGAAUAAUCUUCCUUAAGUGUACAAAACGAUUAUAUAUUCAACGUUAUGAUUCUUUAUACAUGUUUUGAGGUAGUAAGAAGUAAGAUGACUGGAAUUAUUAAGCCGCUUGAAUUGGGAGGUGACUCAAACUUUAAAACUUCAGCAAAUUCGCAUUUAACACCAGUACCUCGCACCAUAGCACCUCAUGUAUUGACAGAUGAAGUAGAUAAUGUUGACUAUCGUUUUGAAGCAGCUAGAUUACAAAGCUUUGAAAAUUGGCCUGUAUCAUAUAUCGAACCUGAGAAAUUAGCAGCUGCUGGAUUUUAUUACACAGGCGAAGGUGAUAAAGUAAGAUGUUUCGAGUGUCAAGUAGAGAUAUGCCAAUGGGUAGAAGGUGAUAAUCCUAUGGUUGAUCAUCAACGUUGGUCAGCAAGGUGUAGAUUUAUUCGUAAAAUGCACUGCGGUAAUGUACCUAUAGGUGUAGAUCCUAGUACAGUUUUACCACCAAGGCCAAGAAGCAGAGACGUGUGCGGGCCUUAUGGUAUAGAAUAUCGACCUACAUCCGGUCCUGACAACCAUAAUUUCUCAAGUGAAUUACAACUGCCAAGUACUGCUAAACUCAGUUGUUUAGGCUUAGGAAGACCUAAAGGACCUGUACAUCCCGAGUAUGCUAGCUAUGAUGCUAGACUACGUACAUUCGAAACAUGGCCAAAAUCUAUGCCACAAACAAAAGAACAAUUGGCAGAUGCAGGGUUUUAUUAUAUUGGAAAAGGUGAUCAAACUUUGUGUUAUCAUUGCGGUGGUGGCUUAAAAGAUUGGGAACCAGAGGAUGAUCCAUGGGAGCAACAUGCAAAAUGGUUUUCUAAGUGUUAUUAUUUAUUAAUGGUGCAAGGACAAGAUUAUGUAAAUAAAAUAACCGGUCAACAUAUAUCUCCACCAUCUAAAGAAGAAACAAUGCAAAUGAAUUUACCUAGUUUUAUUAAAAAGGUACAACCAGUAAGCGUAGAAACAGAGAAAAAGGAAGAAGUAGAAAGUAAUCCUGGCCCAAGUUCUCAAAAUGUUGGUUCUCAAGAUAGUGGAAUAGAGAGUAUUGGAAGCCGAUCCGAAUCUAUAAAAGGAAGUGCAGAAGAUUUAUUAAAUUCAAAGACACCGUACAAUAAACCAAUAGAUGAUGCGCGGAUGUGUAAAAUUUGUUAUAACGGAGAAUUAGGAGUAGUAUUCUUACCAUGUGGACAUAUAGUUGCUUGUGUUAAAUGUGCUCCUGGAAUGACAACUUGUGCAGUAUGCAGAGAGCCUGUUACUAUGACUGUGCGAGCGUUUUUCUCAUAGUAUUCCAUAGUUUGUGAUAGUAAAUGAUUUUAUAUACAAUUUCUGUUAUAGUGUUUUACACUCGAUCAUCCACGACUGGUAGCGAUAAUUUAUCGCGAAUUGCACUAUGACAUGACUCAUGUGGUAUACCAGUCUGCGGGUACAAGCUUUAAAAAUUUUGCAGAUUUUCGAAGCUUUAUGUGAUGUUUAAAUUAUAAGUACAUGGGAAAUAAAAAAAAUUAUUUUAAUACAGUUGAUAAUAGAAAGAAUAUAUUUCAUAGUCGGUAACAAAAUCAAAGAAUCUCUUUCACGUCCUGGAAUUUGUCUGCGUAUGAUCAGUAUUAAAAUAAACGAUAUAAAUAUAUUUAAGUAUUUUUACAAAUUACAUAACAUAUCACGGAUAUCGGAGUUAUGAGAUAAUUGCUCAUACUGGUCUUCGGUAAAGUUUUCAGAUUAAUUUUGUCUGAAACUAACAAGAAGGCCAUGCGAGGUAUUAGGCAUCGAUUUCAAUAAAACUUUGUGGAUAGGUACAUUAUAAAUAGAUAUUACAUCCAUAUUUGUUCGUUUAAGUACGUAGUCGGUUAAUGGUUCGUGACAUAUUUGAUAAAAAAUACAGUACACGUUUGUUAAAUAUUUCAUAAACUAUUGAAUGUCUGCAAAUUAUAUAGCAUUUUUAGGUCAUCGACUUAUAUACGUGUAAUCAGUACAUAACACCUCGUGUGGCCUCUUUGUAAGUAUAAGCUGUACCUGCAACUGAACGUUGCUAUUUAUAUAUUUGUAAAUUUAUGUUGUCGGAAACAUCAGAUAAAUCAAAACGACAACAAAUUAAAUAGCAACAAAACAUGAAGUCUAGUCAUUAAUAUUAUACAAUGACAAAACAAGAAGUAAAGGGUUACGAUUGUAAGUUAUAAAAAUUUAAUGAAAGAAUAUUGAUUUUAUAAUUCUAUUAUAGUGCUAAUACAAUCAAUGUCUACUUUAUUACCCUAGCUUAGUUUCGUCUAAUAUUGUAUUUUAAAUUUAUAUAUCUUGCUAUGAAAUAAUAUAUGUGAUCUCUGUGAAGUAUGUUUUCAGCGUAUGUUCAGGGGUAAUUGUACACAUUUAAAUUAUAAGCUGCAUACAAAUUAUUUGACUAAACUAAUCUAGGGAGGAAUUACAUAUUUCAUCCAAUAGAGACUUCUAGCACUCUUAUGAUUUGAAGGAUUUGUUGAUAUUAUAAAAUAUAAUGUGUAUAUUGUGUAUACAGUAUGAUUAAAGACAGGGAAGAGUUAUUUGUUUUAGUGUAUAAAAAGAAGCAAAAAUAGUAAACAUUCAUAUUCAGUUAAUAAACAAUGCUAGAAUUUUUCUAGCCACCUGUUUUUGGCUAUGAUUAGCAUUAUUAUAUAUUGUUUCAAUAAAAAAUGGAAUACAUUAAUGAUUGAUUUUCUUUCUUUGAACUUAGCGACAAAAUUUAGUACAUAUUCAAUUAAAUAUAUUAAACAUAUAAUUUCAAUGCAAUUUUAUUUCAAAGAUUUUAGAUCGUACAUUUCAUUCUAUUUUUCUAUCGGAUAAUUCAAAUAAACAAUUUGAAAUAGUUAAAACAUUUCACUUUUUUACUGGUUUUCUAAUUGUUAAUAAAUUAAUUUAUUUUACUAGCGAAUUUGCACAUAUACAAGAUUUGCUUUCAACAUGUAUUAUGACUGAAAAAUAUCUAUAUAAUACAUAUAACAUACAAUUAUAAGAAGUAUUUGAUGUAGGGUUGAAGGGAUUAGAACUAGUAAAGUAGAAUGUAGCACAUUGCGAUUUUGCCUUUUUGCCAGUUAAUAUGUUUAUGAAUAAUUGAAAUAAUGUUAAUUUGUCUGUUGAAACAAGUUUGUCUGACACAGUACGGAAGUUGAAUGCAAAGGAUGGAAUUAUACAUAAAUAUACUAUUCUUAAAUGUC